CUGUGUCUGUUCCUCGAAUAGUGAGGUCAAAACAUAAAUUUAAUGCAGGAUCUAGAAAAAAUCUGAUCGUAAUUAAACCAGAAAAAAAUCAAAAUACACGAACAGAAACCAUUUUUAAAGCUUGGGCUCCUAAACAUUAGAUCACUUGCACCCAAAGCAGUUAUUGUGAAUGAAAUGAUCACAGAUAAUAGUUUUGAUGUACUCUGCUUAACUGAAACCUGGCUAAAACCUAAUGAUUAUAUUGGUCUAAAUGGGUCUACUCCACCAAACUACUAUUAUAAGCAUGAGCCCCGUCAGAGUGGUCGUGGUGGUGGUGUUGCAACAAUAUAUAGUGAUAUUCUCAAUGUUACUCAGAAAACAGGAUACAGGUUUAAUUCAUUUGAAAUACUUUUGCUUAAUGUUACUCUGCCAGAUAUGCAAAAGAAAUCUCUCCUAUCUCUUGUUUUAGCUACUGUGUAUAGACCGCCAGGGCCAUAUACAGAUUUCCUAAAAGAAUUUGCAGAAUUCCUUUCAGAACUAUUGGUUAAUUUUGAUAAAGUGCUAAUUGUCGGAGAUUUUAACAUUCACGUUGAUAAUACAAAUGAUGCAUUAGGACUUGCGUUUACUGACCUAAUAAACUCUUUUGGAGUCAAGCAAAAUGUCACCGGGCCCACUCAUCGUUUUAAUCAUACGCUAGAUUUAAUUAUAUCGCAUGGAAUUGAUCUUACUGAUAUAGAUAUCGUACCUCAAAGUGAUGAUGUUUCUGACCAUUUCCUUGUAUCGUGCAUGCUGCGUAUCACUGAUAUUAACUAUAUGGCUCCGCGUUAUCGUCUUGGCAGAACUAUUGUUCCAGCCACCAAAGAUAGAUUUACAAAUAACCUGCCUGAUUUAUCUCAACUGCUCUGUGUACCCCUUAAUACACAGGAUCUAGACAAAAUGACUAGCAAUAUGGGCACCAUCUUCUCCGAUACGUUAGAAGCUGUUGCCCCCAUCAAAUUGAAAAAAGUUAGAGAAAAACGUAUUGCGCCAUGGUACAACAGUAAUACCCAUUCCCUCAAGAAAGAAACUCGCAAUCUUGAGCGCAAAUGGAGAAAAACUAACUUGGAAGUUUUUAGAAUUGCAUGGAAAAACUGUAUGUCCAGAUACAGACAGGCUUUAAAAGCUGCUAGGGCUGAGCAUUUCCGCAAACUCAUAGAAAAUAACCAAAACAAUCCAAGGUUUUUAUUUAGCACAGUGGCUAGAUUAACAAAUAACCAGACACCACCUGAUCUAAAUAUUCCUUUACAGUUUAAUAGCAAUGACUUUAUGAAUUUCUUCACUGAUAAAAUAGAUAACAUCAGAAAUGCAAUAACCAAUGUAGAUUAUACUGCAUCUAAUAUGUCAACGAAAUGGCAGUUUAUGCUCAAACCCUCCAAUGUGGCUGAACUGAAGCAGUUCUGCAAAGACGAGUGGGUUAUCGGAAGCCUUUGGCUGCAGUUUUUGCUGCUCAAGGUGGCACAAGCAGACAAGUUUGAUCUUUCUGAAGAAGAAGUUGGUGUUCACACCAACAGAAGCAAAAAGAAAGACUACUUUGUGUAA